CACUCCUCAUAAGGUUGGACGUGGAAUACCCUCAAACAACGAAUACCCACGUCGUGACCUUAUCCCGCGGUAACCACUGCCGCUGCCCUUCACUGGCACAACUUUUCUGCAACACCUAUUCCGCUACAUCACAACCACAAUCCCACCCCGCCAUGAGCUUCCGGGGCUUCCAGAAAAGCGUCAUUCGGGCGCCCCAGCAAUUCAAGUCCCGCUUCAACAUCGGCGAGCACACAAAGGAUGCUGUCUACAUCGAUUCCGAGCGCAGGUUUCAGGAGCUCGAGACCGAGACCAAGCGAUUACACGAUGAGUCCAAGAAGUAUUUCGAAGCCAUCAACGGCAUGCUCAGCCACCAAAUCGAGUUCAGCAAGGCCAUGACCGAGAUUUACAAGCCCAUUUCCGGUCGCAUGUCGGAUCCCGACAGCCUGGAGGUCCGCGGCAAUCCCGAGGGUAUCCGUGCCUGCGAAGAGUAUGAGGCCGUCGUCAAAGACCUGCAAGAGACUCUUGCACCGGAGCUGGAGAUGAUCGAAAGUAGGGUUAUUCGCCCGGCUAACGAACUGCUUGACGUCGUCAAGGUCAUUCGCAAGACGGCAGCCAAGCGCGAACACAAGAAGCUCGACUACGACCGACACCGGCAAACCCUCAAGAAGCUGCAGGACAAGAAGGAACGGAGCGCCAAGGACGAAAAGGCUUUGUGGAAAGCUGAGAAUGACGUCGAGCAAGCGACGCAAGAGUUCAACUACUUCAAUGAUCUCCUCAAGGAGGAGCUGCCGCGCCUUUUCGCCCUCGAACAGCAGUUCAUCCAGCCCCUCUUCCAGUCUUUCUACUACAUGCAGCUCAACAUCUUUUACACGCUACACGAGAAGAUGCAGCAUUGCGAUAUUGGCUACUUCGAUCUGACUCUUGACGUGCUGGAGGCGUUCCACAAGAAACGGGGCGAUAUCCAGGAGCAGGCCGAGAGCCUGUCCAUUGUGAAGUUCAAGACGACUGGCCAAAGGCGCCCACCAAAAUAUGGCCGUCCGGCGAUCGAAAGCAAGCCGCAGCACCUGCUUACCGCCGGCCCUUCCUCCUCAUCAACCUCCGUAGCAACAACCUCGGCACCAUCCUCCAAAUUUGGUGGUUACACUCGGCAAGGCGAAACCUCCGAAGUUAACCCUCCGCCUCCAUACUCUCCACCGGUAACAAACGGGACUUCGGGCGGUGGACUCGCCGCCAUCGCCGCAGCAAAGUCGAAGCCACCUCCACCCAAGCCUAAGCCCAGCCGGCUCAGCGGCGUACCUGCUGCAGAAACUGUUACUGCCUUGUACGAUUAUGCCGCACAAGCAGAGGGCGACUUGAGCUUCAGGGCCGGAGAUGUCAUCGAGAUCGUCAGUCGCACAAAGAACGAAAACGAAUGGUGGACAGGCAGGUUGAAUGGAAAGUCUGGCCAGUUCCCAGGAAACUACGUCAAGCUGAACUGAGUCACUAAUGUGGUUCGCACUCGCCAACUGCAACUGACAUCUCUGAUCUUCGUCCGAAUACACUGUGUUGCAGAGGCACAUUAAUGAACGACCGUUGGGACACCGAGGGGGAUAGCGCGAAACACUUGCAUUUGGGGUCUUCGGCGUACGCAGAAGGGAUUGCCUGUCAUUUCGAGUCGGAAAAGAAUUGGGUGAAGAGGGAAA